AUGGGCAGUAACUAUUCCUUUGAAAUGGUUGUUGUGUUCUUCUCCGUGCGUCCGUAUGCUAACAACCAGGAGCGUUUCAAAUGUCCGUCCAUCCCAGGCGGCGCCAUGUUGUGUCCACACGUCCUCCCUGUCGGCCGCCGCUUUGUUCCUCCUCUCCUGCCCCACUGCGCCUCUCCUCCAUCCCAUAAUUACCUUGGUGUGGAGCUCCCCCGCUGCGAGGAGCCGCCGCCUCUCGCGUUCGACGGGAGACAGUCAGAACGCUCCUUUUGUUUACACUCGGAGGUUGGUGGUCCGGAUGUGUGGAAGUUUGUUUCUUUUCUCCUCUCCUCCUGCAGGAAAAACAACAGCUUAUGA